AGAAAAUGGACAUAAAAUAAAGAAAAACAGCAAAUUCAGAUGACCUCUUAGGAAACAUGCAAUUAAAACUGUCUUUCUAUGAUUGGUGCAUUUCGAUCCUCUCGUCAAAAAAAUGUCAGACGCCAAUCAUCUUAGCGGACCUCUUAGGAAACGAAAGUUUUCUUCAACUGGUUCAAAAGGUCAUUGUUUGUGAUUUGUGAUUGGUGGAUUUCGAUCCGUUUUGUGAGUUUCUGUGUUUCAAGGUUUGUUGCUUGUGAUCUUAUUGUGACCAAAACCGAACGUUAAUAUUCCAAAUAUUUUUGAUAGAUUUCAUCCAUGGACUUCAGACUUCCAAAUUUCGAUGCGGCAAAAAUACUAAAGAUUCAGAUUAACUUUUGAGAUCGUAAAAGUGCGAUAAAGUGCCGUGUGUUAUAUACCUGCCAACUUUUUCUGAGAUAUAAGCGUGAGAUUUUUAUCCUGGGAGUGCUGGGAUUUUUGCAGACGACAGGAUCAUUUCCGAAGAUUCCCGAAGAAGUCCGAAGUCUUCCGAAGAAGUCCGCAGUCUUCCGAAGACGUCCGAAGUCUGCCGAAGGCGAAGUUAUCGAGAAAACGCUUAUCCACAAAAUCAGAGAUCGCGAGGAAGGUAUUGUCAUUUAUUCAUUUUACACAUGGUUUUCGUUCCUUACAUGGGUCUGAGUUAACAUAUUUUUGGAAGUUGUGUCAAGCAAGACGGCAAUAACUCACAUUUUUCAAUCAGGCGUGAGAAACUGGCCCGUAAGCGUGAGCGGGCGUGAGAGUUGGCAGGUAUAGUGUUAGCAGAGCUUUCUUUCCCACAUGCCACUCAUGCCAUGACAUUCGCCUCGCUUCGCUUGUUUACUAGCCUUGUUUACGUUAGCACGUAUUGCGUGCCUAUUGCACAUUUGCGUCAAAACAAGCCGUUUCCAUUACUCUAUUUGGGCCACGCCCAAAUAACAAGGCUAACUACUGGGAGUCGAACAAAGGCCGGCCGGCCGGCCGAGACUAUUGAUACAUGAUUAAUACGAAGGUCAGCGGAAAAGUAAACUUAAUCUUCUAUAAGCUUAACCUAUUUCCGAUUUUUCUUGUUAAUAAAAUAAAAAAAAAAUUGUCAAUUGUGGGAUCAUGAAGAAUUUUUUCACUAUCACAGCGGCCGGUGUCACGCAAUGCGAAUUCAGCAUCAAUAUGCAAAUUUAAGUCGAAUCCUUCAAUUCUGAAUCGCGUUGUGCCACAAGUUUUUUUUUCAUAACUCGACAAAAUAGCUCUUAAUCUUUAACUAAAACAUGUUUUUAGGCCUAGCUUAGGUGCCAUUUUUGAGAAUUUUGUGAUGUUUUUGAGGCAUUGAUUCGUGCAUUUUGCUUUCUUCAUUGGGUUGGUGAAAUAUUAAAAGACGACCAGUUUUUGCUGAUAAGAGAAAGAUAAUGCCUAAAUGGUAUUGGAACAGUAAGAAGAAGUAAUAUGCUUCCAAAUGAGUGCGAACAGUCUAGGAUUUGAUGACCCGAAGUACUUUUAAACGCUCGUUAAAAAAUCUGUAAAACGGCAUCUAAAAUUUGCAUAUUUUAGCCGCUAACGGUCGUCCAGCAACGAAAUGCUGGGAAUGGCAGUAAAAUAAACAAUUUCCUCAUUCUAACUGCAGUUUCGUUAUUAGGAUGGAUAGUAGUGUUGAUGAUAAAAAUAUAAGGCAAAAGUUUUUUCCAGUCCAAAAUCGAGUGGAACGCUUUUAGGGAGACUGCCUCUUAAAGUCCUGAAGAACACUACACGAUAGACGACUAAAAUUUUAAAAAAUUAAAGAUUAGUCAACUUUCAUUUUACAAAAGGCCACGAUUGCGUGUUAAAUACGUGUGCUCCAUGAAGCACAACAUAUUUUACAACAACUGUGAGGAUAGGCUUGAUGUGGUAAUGAAACACAAAGUAGUUUUUCUUUCAUCUUCUACAUUUGCUUUUGGAAGUGUUUUGUCCUGCAUUGUUCUAUGACAACAGAGACUGAUUUUUUUAUCUUGAGGCUGCAAAUACGUAUAUUUUUCGAAGGCCCUAGCUCUUUUCAAAGAAUUUACUAAGAUAAUGAGAUAUGAUUCUUUUUACUGAUAUGCACCAAAUAAGCAAGACAGUUGGCAGGAAUCAUAUAUAUUCGGUUGUUAGUAGUUUUGACUACAGAUAACAAAGGAAUAUGAAUUAAUUCGAUUUGAGGAAAUGUCUUGAACCCACCCGCACCUUGUCAUUGACUUUUUCAAAAGCAGGAAGUGCCAUGAUAGUAGCCAAUAGGAUAGUUUACUAAGGUCAUUGGAGCCCAAUCAGUUCAUUCUAUGAUGGGUCUCGUUUAGCAUGGUUCUGAGCUUUUUCGACUUUUAUGACUAGGCCUACUCUCCUUUAAUUGCAGACAGAAAAAGCAUGGCAACAUUGACUGGAAUUCUGCUUGACGUCUCCGGUUCCAUGAGUCGUAGCAUUGGAGAGGGUACUGAUGAAAAGGGAGGACCAUGGGCUCGUUCGAUCUUUGAAGUUAUUGACAACCUUAUCAAAUACGAUAUUUCUUCUGAUAACCAUGUAUUUGCAAUAGGCUUUGGGGCUAGUUGUGGUAAGGAAGUAUUUGAUAUCAUAGGAACUCUGAAACAGAUUCCCAAUCAAGAUAAUGUUCCUGAAGGGCCUGCCACAACUGAACGCAUAAACCAGAUUUUCGAUGUAUUGGAGGAAGCCGGCGCACGUACAGUCCGCAAAUGGGCCGCAGAAGACGUCGUCCGCGCAGCAUUAACGGAAAAUUUGGCUGUCGUUUUUCUUAACAAAUUUGAAUCUGACGAGCCUUUUCUUAAAGUAUUUGUUGAAGAGUGUCUACCACCUGCUUGUCGUGACUGGCCUGAAUACGAAGAGCAACAAGACAACGUUCUACUGAAGUGGGGAGCUGAAUGGACUAACUAUGGGCUUAGAAAAGUGAACAGUGUGUAUGCGUCGGUGGUGACCAAUGUUAGAAGGGCCACAGUAGCAGACGUCGAAGAAGUAGUGGAAAAGGCCAAAGCCUACUUGCUAAAAGGAGUAGAUGUUGAUUCCAUUUUCAAUGUUCAAGAUGCCUCAAAUGUUGUGCAUGGAUGCGUCGAUGCAAAAAGUCUCACUAAAAAAAGAAGUCAGGAAUUAUUGCAGAGAAUCGAGCCUUACAUUUAUGGCAGGACACCUUUUUUUCGAACGAUUGGAGAGGCUAUGGCACUUUUCCAUGACUCCAAGUUUUCGGAUCACAAAAAGGUGCUGUUCAUCUUGUCAGACGGAGAGCCCUCAGAUAACCAGACUACUUUUCCUGUAGGAAUAGGGCGGGCCUCAGAUGUGACCAUAGUAAGCUGCUUUGUCACUGACUCCGCCACACACAUUGACCCCAAACGACUGUUCAGCAAGAUGGAACCUGACUGGGAUCCAGGCGCAACGUUCAUGUUCUCAUUGAGCUCCAAAGUUGCAACACAAUCCCUACCACGCACAAUGUUUGUGAAACGUGACUGGACCAUCGAUAUCACCAACAAUGAAACACACUUGUUCUUGCAAGUCAAUCAUCCAGACCACUUGAAAGAGGCCUGCGAUUUGGCUCGAAAUGUCGUUUGUUGUCAAGAGGCAUUAUCGGAUGUGCUUGCAUCCGUCCAUCUAGAUAUCUAUAUCAACCUAGAAUUAAAGGGCUAUGAGGCAAAAAAGAAGCAAAAAGGGGGGACCUGCUAUGCGAAUGCAGCUGCUACAAUUCUCCAUUUGUCCGUGAAACGAAUUCUUGGACGCAAAGGCGGAUAUCCAGAUUUCUACAAGUUAAGAGAAGAAUGUAUCAAAGAAGGAAGUCGCAGUGCCAGUACCUUCCUUCUUCUGCAGAAGAUGUGCCCGAAGUACCGUCUACAGUGCAAGCAAGUUAAGCUCAAGGGUGCCAUGGAAGCGAUCACUUCAGGUCGUCCAGUAGUGGCAACAUUUUGGCUCUCUGAUGAUGAAUGGAAAAUUUUUUCAAACUUCUUUCGAAGCAACAAAGAAGGUAUUUUGACGAAGGAGAAGAUCGACAUAGCAGCCCGCCCUCCCAAUACUCCUACCAUUGGCCAUGCAGUUGUGUUUACCAGUUUCGACAGCCAAAGUUUACGACUGCUAAAUUCUUGGGGAGAAAUCUGGGGAAAUAUGGGAUUUUUCAGAGUGCAGAACGCAGACGUUCUUGGAUUGGAAUUUAUUGACGUUUUCUGGGAAACAGAAGAUUUGACAGAAGAAGAAAGAACCUAUUACGAGAAACAUGGAUCCGACGUUGCCGGAACAUUAAUGAAGUCAUUGUUGAGUCUUCAGCGAGCUGAAUUCAAGUGCCCCAAAUGCAGCAAGACAUCACCAGUGAUGGAGUUUAUCGGAACUUUGUCAUACGCAAAGUGCCCCAAAUGUCGCAAGGAGUUUUAUGCAAAGAAUGCCGAGGAGGGAAACAUUUUAGCUCUUAAUAUUUAUCUUACCUCUUUAAUCAGCUGA